UUGCAGAAAAUCGCCAGAGAAGUGCUUAUAGCACUUUCCUUCCUCAUUUUACCUUUCCUGCCGUCGUCGAACUUAUUUUGCUACGUUGGUUUCGUUGCGGCCGAACGAGUUCUAUAUCUGCCCAGUGUUGGCUACUGUAUUCUUGCUGGGAUGCUCUACAAGUCCUGCUGCUCAAGAGCUGACAGGACGUUCACGAUGUCGCUCGCGUUGCUUUUCCUUACCCUACACGGAAUUAGAACGUUCCAAAGAAAUCGUGACUGGAAAGAUGAAGAAAGUUUGUACAAAAGCGCGCUAAACCUGAAUCCACCUAAAGCUUACUCCAACCUUGGGCGCGUCUUCGCUGCGCAGAUGAGAUACGAGGAAGCUGAACUUGCUUAUAAAAAUGCUUUAAGACAUCGACCUAAUAUGGCAGACACUUGGUACAACUUAGGGGUUUUGUAUCAAGAAAGGAAAAACCACACCGCUGCAGUGAUAUGUUAUGAAAAUGCUAUCAAUUUCCGCAGGAAUUUUGCUUCUGCUCACCUCAAUCUGGGAAUUGCCAACUAUGAAAUGGGCAAUGAUCAGCUGGCAAUCGCGUCUUGGAAGGCGUGUUCACAACUAGAUGGUUCAAUGGUGAAGGCACGUAAAGAUUACUAUCAGGCUCAAGCCAGCUGCAGGCUCCAGCUUGGAAGGCUGCUCUUCCGAAUGAAAGAGUUCAAGACAGCUCGAAGCGUUCUCAAAGAGGCCAUUGAAGCAGCACCGCUUUCCUAUCCAUUCUUGGCUUCUUUAUGGUAUACCUUGGGAGAAGUUUACGACGCGCAAGGGCAACAUUCACAAGCUGAGGAAUCAUUUCAAACUGCACUCUAUGUCGCUCCGAAACAUAUCCCAACAUUACUGACAAUGGGCUACUUGAAAAAUAAGCAGAACCGUACCUCUGAGUCUCAAAGUUGGUUUUCUAAGGCAUUGGCCAUCUCGCCAAAGUCAGCGGACGUUUAUCACCAUAUUGGAACUGCGGCAGCGUUGCGCGGAGAUGUCGCUGAAGCUGAAUUUGCCUACAACAACGCUCUCAGACUUGCCGCCCAUCACAUGGAGUCGCUCAGAGCCCUCGCUACACUCCUACGGAAGCAGGGCAAAUACGACAAAAGUGAAGAAAUUCUGGAAACUUUGCAAAUCCAUCAUCCAAGUGCUGACUCUUACGGCGACUAUGGAGCAAUACUUCAUAUCAAUGGGAAAUUUGAGAAAGCAAAGAAAUUUUAUGAAAAAUCGCUUGAUCUUAAUCCUACAAACAGCAUAGUCAAGGAGAAUUUGAAAAAAUUACAGAGGAAAAUGAAUGCGACUAGAACGAGCUAUAACGAUGAGUAG